AUGACUUCCGCAGUGUUCUCUUUGGUCGAGAAGCUUGCCAAGUUGGCUGAGAAAGAGGUGAAACUAUUGAAAGGGGUACGCGAAGAAAUUGCAUUCAUCAAAAGAGAGUUUGAGCACAUAAAGGCCUUCUUAGCAAGUGCCGAGUCGUCACAAGAAGAUGACCUUGAGUUGAAGGUAUGGGUGAAAGACAUCAUAGAGGUUGCAUACGACACGGAGGAUAUUCUGGAUGAAUUCACACUCAAGUUGGCAAGAGACCAUGGGCAUGGGUUCACAGGGUACCUUCGCAAGAUCAAGUCAUCCAUACAAAACUUGAAAGCACGCCAUCAUAUCUCCUCCAAGAUAGCUGAUAUCAAGUCAAGAGUCAGCAACAUUGGCGAAGGGCAUCAGCGAUACCAUUUCAAGUCUUAUUGCACAGAGCAAAGUGUGAGCACAUUCACCGGAGGCACCUCAUGGCACGAUCUCAGGGAGGGCGCUUUUCUAGUCGACGAAGGUGAGUUGGUGGGGAUUGACGAGCCUAGAGAAGAGAUUGUCAAGUGGCUUGUUGAUGAAGAACCCAGACUUGAAGUUGUAUCAAUCUUAGGGAUGGGGGGUUUAGGGAAGACUACUUUGGCAGGACAAGCCUACAACAAUCAGCAAGUAAAAGCCUACUUCCAAAGCCAUGCAUGGAUCAAUGUCUCACAGUCUUACAAGAUUGAGGAUAUUUUGAGGGACAUGAUUGUACAACUUCAUAAUGAAUUUGAGCAACCAAUCCCUCAAGGAAUCGAAAUCAUGAGAAGCAUGAGUCUCAAGCAAAUGGUGAAAGACUUUUUGCAGCAAAAGAGGUAUGUCAUUGUUCUAGAUGAUUUAUGGGACAAGGAAGCACUAGAAGGAGUAUUUCCAGAGGAUCAUGUGAUUGAGUGUGCGAGACUCAUCCGUUUGUGGAUUGCAGAAGGGUUUGUUGAGGAAAGAGAGGGGAUGACACAAGAGGAGGUUGCUCAAAGAUACCUGAAGGAGCUUAUAAACAAAAGUUUGAUUUCACACCUUCUCGACCAUUUUGUUCUAUUACGGGACUUUCGGCUCCCAAGGCAUUGGAGCAUUGGUAGCACUGCAAAACUAUGCUAUGUAAAAGCUGGAGGUGAUCGGAGCAAGAAUACAAUGCAAGAGCUAGGAGAGUUAUGUCAACUAAGGAGACUGGGUGUAAUGGACUUGAAGAAAGAUGAUGCAAAGGAACUAUGCCACUCCCUCAAGAAGAUGACCGACCUUCGAUCACUAGUGGUGGUUGCAGAAAGUGAGUAUGAAAGUGCGUUUGAAAUGGAGCAAAUUAAAAUCGAGCCCCUAAUUGCUCUCCAGAAUUUGCCCAAUCUCGUGGAGCUUGAAUUGGAUAAUGCCUUUGAUGGAGAAAAAUUGGUUUUUGAGGAUAGAGGGUUCCUAAAGCUCAAGCAAUUAAGCCUUGCUAAUCUUGAAAAUCUAAGAUUUGUGUUGAUGAAUGGUCAGGCAAUGCCUUGCCUCCAAAGUCUCUUCAUUUACAAAUGCAAGCACUUGGAUUGGCAAUUGUUACUAGUUGUCAUUCACAACCUCACCAUCCUCAAGUAUCUCCAAUUCCGUGAGAUACCAGAAGAAUUUGCUCUUGCGUUCUAUCCAUACAGUAGCAGCAAAAUGAUGAGGGAGGGUAUUAUGCAAAAGUGCUAUGAGGAGGUGAUGGAACGUAACCCUAAAGUUUACUUCGUUUGGUGGGAAGAGGAUCACUGGGAGCUAUAUGAUCUAAGCCUCGAUUCCUAUAAUGCCAUCAAGGGUAAGGUGAUGAGCUGCGGUGACGUUCUUCCUAAAGUUUCAUAG